CAGAUACAAAUGGAAGUACAUGCGCACUGUGAGACAUGUCUCAGUAUGCACUGUAAUGAAGAGACACUCUGUAAGGUUGUGGUCUGUUUAAACAACUGUGGGAUGAGAUUACAUUCCUGUAAAAUGACAGAUCAUAUUCAGGAAAUCUGCAAUGAUGCGAGGGUUCCGUGUUUAAAUAACCAGUAUGGCUGUAAAUACAAGCUUAGAAGGUUUGAGCUGAAAGAACAUUUACAACGAUGUCCUGCAAGUACUGUAGAGUGUGGUUUCGUUUGGAACAGGUUACCAUUAUACCUGGCAAGGUUUACAGAACUUCAAGGCUGUGCUGAGGGUCAACUUGAUUACGAGAUUGCUCUGAGAGAUCAGAGAGCAGAGCAAACUCUUGCUCUAGUACCUCGCAGAGCUAAGGUUCAGCUCCGGAACUUCUUGACAAAAAGGUUCCCGGUAGUUCCAGUUCCAAGGAGUUCCAGAAGAACAGGUUACAAGGGAGAUAAAUCUGUUCCUGAUAAGGUGUAUAUAGUGGACGCAGAGGGAGAACUUGGCGCAGACUUUAAAUCAUACAGAAAGCAGCACGCCCAUCAAGAAGAGGCUUGGAGGGAAGAUUUGAAAGAACGAGUGGGAAAAACAUCAAUUCCAAGGUACUGGGAAGUGCCUGAGACAAGAAAAGGAGGUGUACAUAACCAUUGCAGUACAUGCAUCCUUAGCAACUGUACUCUCGGUCGGCACUUUGAUCCGUCUCUCUGGAGAGAGUCCUGUCCCCAGGUAGACUGCAGAUGGAGGUGUGGAGCUAGAUACCAUUCAUGCAAGACAGGGGAGCAUAGACUUCUCUGUAAGGGGUAUAUUGAAGAGGAUGAAUUUGAUUGGAUAAAACGUCUGGAAGAAACACAGCCAAUAGAAGAAGGAUCUCAGGACACUGUAUCAUCUUUAAAAGACAUUUCACAAAACAGAGUUCAAGUAGAAGACAAACUUAGUACUGAUUGUCUCCAGUCCCCACCUCCCCCUCCCCAACCUCUCCCAUAUCAUGCAACUGGUCACCCUGCUCUGUACCUGAACCUACAGGUUGAACAUAUACACAGGAUGCAUGUGAAACCUGUUCAAAUGCGGAACUUUAUUUGCGGAGGAGUUUUUAGACGAGAUGAGAUUGCAGACCAUACAAUCAACAUUCAUCAGCAAAUACAGUGUGGUUUAGAGAGUAGAUGGUUGAUGGGUAGAUGUCCAUUACAGUUUCUAGGUUGUAAUUUCUCAUACAAAAUGAUGUCACCCUUCUCACAUCAUGGCUCUGUACGGUUUUCCAGACUGGAUGAAACAUUUUACUGUGAAAUAGAAACUGGGAUUCAGAGGAACAAUAAAAAGGUAUCUGGGUUGGAUACUUUUCCUACAGAACUUCUUCUCUAUAUUAUCUCCUUCCUAGAUCCAAUCUCUAUACGGAACCUUAGUCUAACAUGCUCCAGGAUACGCCAGAUUUGUAAAACGAAAGUUUACACCAGGGGUAUGGUUCAGCUGUCCUGGUCUAAACAAAGGAAUACAGGACGGAGAAGAGAUAGGAAUUCUUGGGAUGUGUCGGGAUUUGUCUGGUCUUUUUCUACAGCUAUGCAACCAAUACACAUAUGGGUCAGGGAGGAUUCAGGAAAACUGGAAGAACACAUGAAAACCUGUUUUCAAAACAAAAAAACAAAAAUAAAAGCGGUUUCUCCAAACAAACUUUUUGUAAAAGAAUUAGAAUCUCGGCUGUGUCGAGUGAUUAAAUAAUGUAUGGUUGUUUUAGUUAUAUAGUUGUGUUAAAUAUAAACAGUUAGAUAAAAGUAUUUUUUAUCAUAAAUAAUACAAAAAUAUUUACGGCAAAUCCUGAUUUGUUUCGUACGAUUCAACAACACUAACACAUUUUUGUGAGCUUCAGAACUCGUUCAUAAAAUUAUAUAUUACUGCAAUUGUUUAAUCUUAACUCACACAAACAAG